UUGUUCAGUUGUUGUCGUGCUCUUGUGUGCGUUGGGUGAUAUUUGAAUAGUCAAUAAACAGUGUUGUUUGAAAGGGAAAGACGCACGCUUCUUUGACCUAUAUUAAAGUUGAAGUUUUUGUUUAACAACAAAUGGUUUACAUCUAUCGUUAAAAUUAUACGAUACCAAAAUGGCUGCAUUCAACGUAGUUUUUGGCUGUGUGAUGGCGCUGUUGUUGAUCUUAUUCACAAUCAGCUCCAUCGCUAGAUAUUAUAUAAAGUUCACAUUGUUCGUUGUUCUGUCACUAAUCUUCGCUACCGCUCCAUUGCCGUUGAUGUUCUUCAGACCAUUCAGUCCAAAAAACGCUUUAAUACCGGCUUGUUUACUUCGGAUCACAGCGAGAGUUUUAGGAAUCAGAUGGACAGUUCGUGGUCUUGAGAAUGUGGACGACUCCCGCGGUGCGGUGAUUCUUCUCAACCAUCAGAGUUGCAUUGAUUUGUACGUGCUGGCCGUCCUUUGGCCGCUGAUGGAAAGAUGCACGGUGGUAUCGAAGCGCUCAUUGCAGUACUUGGUGCCUUUCGGGACGGCCACUUGGAUGUGGGGUACUGUGUUCAUAGAUCGAGGUGCACAUUCAGCGAGAUCUGUGCUUAACAAGCAGACGGAGGCGGUUAAGAGCUAUAAGCGUAAGUUGCUGCUAUUUCCUGAAGGCACGCGUCAUUCGGGAGACAAACUGCUGCCAUUUAGAAAAGGGGCGUUCCACGUGGCACUGGAUGCCGAGGCGCCAAUACAGCCCAUUGUGGUAUCGAAAUAUCACUUCUUGGACUCCAAGCGUCAUAAAUUUGGAUCGGGUGAAAUAAUAAUAACGAUUCUGCCUUUGAUCGAGACGGAAGGCCUAAACAAGGAAGACAUAGACGCACUAGUUGAAACCACGCAAAACAAAAUGCAAGAGGAAUUCACUCGGACGUCGGCGGAGACAAAGCAGAGGCUCCACGGGAGAGAUUAACAGUAGAAGCUAUGUAACAAUAAAAACGGUGCUGUGAUAAUAUCAAUGUUCGUGGUAGAAAUAUAUUUAUUAUUUGUUGAUUAUAGUAAAAUUAAUUUACAAUAAAUUUAUUAU